AUGAUUAUGUUCCGUUCACUAUCAGUGACACCUGUUUGGAAGGCUGGUUUAAGCUUAUCACAUCGUUCGAUUCCUAUUAACUCCAGAUUAUCAUCGGUGAGGAAUUAUAUCUCAAUCGGAUGUGCUAAUAAAACGGGCAGCAGGCUUCUUCGUUCCGCAGGGGUAUCAAGUCAGUACAAAGAUUUCAGGAGGUUUAACAGUUCCAGUAAUGGUAAUGGUACCGACAAGAAUGCUUCUGUUGCACCGAAAACUGAGGUCAAGAAGAUUGUUCCCCCAAAACCAUCAACUAAUGGUAAAUCAAAGACUCCGACCAUUUCGGAAUUGCGUAUUAUGAAAGAUCUAUUUAAGUAUAUCUGGCCCAGCGGUGAUAACAAGGUCAAAAUUAGAGUGUUAAUUGCAUUGGCGCUAUUGAUAGGUGCCAAGUUGUUGAAUGUUCAAGUUCCUUUUUUCUUCAAACAGACCAUCGAUUCGAUGAAUAUUGAAUGGGGUCCAGAUGUGGCUACUGUGCUCCCAGUUGCGAUAACAAUGACUAUUCUCUCGUACGGUGCUGCUAGAUUCGGUGCUGUUAUGUUUGGUGAGUUGAGGAACGCAGUUUUCGCUAAGGUGGCCCAAAACGCUAUCAGGAAAGUCUCAUUACAAACGUUCCAACAUUUAAUGAAGUUAGAUCUGGGAUGGCAUCUAAGUAGACAAACUGGUGGGUUGACUCGUGCCAUGGAUAGAGGUACCAAGGGUAUCUCAUAUGUUCUCAGUGCUAUGGUUUUCCAUAUGAUUCCAAUCACGUUUGAAAUAUCCGUGGUUUGUGGUAUCUUGACGUACCAGUUCGGUUCCUCGUUCGCUGCAAUGACUUUCGUCACAAUGUUACUAUACUCGUUCUUUACUUUCAAGACUACUGCAUGGAGAACCGAGUUCAGAAGAAGUGCCAACCGUGCUGAUAACAAGGCUGCGUCAGUGGCAUUGGAUUCGUUGAUCAAUUUCGAAGCCGUGAAAUAUUUCAACAAUGAGGAGUACUUGGCUAACAAAUACCACCAGUCUCUUUCCAAAUACCGUGAUUCACAAAUCAAAGUGGCACAAUCUCUAGCGUUUUUAAACGCAGGUCAGAAUUUUAUUUUUACUUCAGCAUUGACAGCGAUGAUGUACAUGGGUGCUUCAGGUGUCAUGGAGGGAGCACUUACAGUUGGUGACUUGGUUUUGAUCAAUCAACUAGUUUUCCAAUUAUCAGUACCGCUAAAUUUCUUGGGUUCUGUGUACAGAGAAUUGAAACAAUCAUUAAUUGAUAUGGAAUCACUUUUCAAAUUGCAGAAGAAUCCAAUCUUGAUCAAGAAUACAGAGAGACCUUUAAUGUUACCUGAGCACUUACCUUGUGAGAUUAAAUUCGAAAACGUCACGUUUGGAUAUCAACCAGAUAGAAAUAUCUUGAAAAACGCAACGUUUACCAUAGCGCCUGGUAAAAAGACUGCCAUCGUGGGACCCAGUGGUUCCGGUAAGUCUACCAUACUAAGGCUAGUGUUCAGAUUCUACGACCCGCAACAGGGGAGGAUCCUUUUAGAUGGGAAAGAUAUUCGUGAAUUGGAUCUUGACGAAUUAAGAAGAAUCGUUGGUGUUGUUCCACAGGAUACCCCAUUGUUCAAUGAUACCAUUUGGGAGAACGUGAAAUUUGGAAGAAUCAACGCUACUGACAACGAGAUCGUGACUGCAAUCGAAAAAGCCCAACUCUCUGACUUGAUUCACAAGCUACCGAAGGGAACAGAGACCAUUGUCGGUGAAAGAGGUUUGAUGAUCAGUGGUGGUGAGAAACAAAGGCUUGCCAUUGCCCGUGUUUUAUUAAAGGAUACCCCAAUAAUGUUCUUCGAUGAAGCUACAAGCGCACUAGAUACUCAUACGGAGCAAUCGCUACUGAAGACAAUUAAAGAGAACUUCUCUGAUGUCGCCAAAACAAGUGUCUACAUCGCACAUAGACUACGGACAAUCGCUGACGCCGAUAAAAUCAUCGUCUUGGAAAACGGUGCAGUAAGAGAAGAAGGUACCCAUAACGCUCUUCUCGCCAAUCCAAACUCCCUGUACAGCGAACUAUGGAACAUACAAGAGAACCUAGACAUGCUAGAGGACGAACUCGAAGAUGAACUCAAAUUAGAGAAGGAACCGAGAACUUCUAAGAAGGAUUAA